GUAGAUCUAGUGCGGCCUGGGAUCGAGGCUAACAUAUCAGAGGAGGUCUGAGCUGAGGAGCAAAGCUAUAUCUUUGGACAGAGCACCCGGCCUGUCCCCUGGUGCCGGUGAGAGACAGUGAGUGACAGGCAGAGAAAGGGGAGACAGUAAUUUUUACGCGUUCCAGAUCAUCUUCACAGAGAAUGGCAAGCAAUACACAGCCUGGGCCUCACCAGUUAUCUGUGACCUUUGUGGACAAAAUGAACAGCUUGGUGCGUCUUGUGAAGAGUAUUCGUCAGAUCUCUGAUAUUCGCAACAAUCAUAGAUCUAUUUCACAACCAACUCAGGGCAGCCUUCUCGGUGAUAAGUAUACAGAAUUAUCCCAACUUUCUUUCCCAAAUGUACACCAAGAAGAUGGCGUUUUUCCUGGAAUGAACACGUUACAUUCUCAUUUCUCUGUCUUUCAAGAUGCUUUGUGCAGAUGUGUCCAGAGUGUUGCUAGUGAUCAAGAGGUGCCAGGCUUUGAUGAGUUGAUGUUUUGUAGUGGAGUUGUUCAAGGUCACGUUGAGCUACUUUUGGAGCUGAAUAGAACAUACUGGAGAACAAACAGUGAGCAAUGUAUUGGUCAAUCUAUUUCUCUCCCAGUGAGCAGUCCUUCUCAACAUGGCUUAGCAAGUGUCUCAGAUCUAUUGGUGCAAUCAAACCCCUUUGCUCAUCUUCCAUCACUUGAUUUCAUGUCUUCACAACUACCUAGAAGCCUUCAGCCAUCCUGUCAAUCUUUUUCGAACACGACUGCAAAUAGACUGUUUCAGUCACCAUCAGUGAGCUUGGAUGUUGGUCCAUUACAAACAGUGUCGCCGGUAGCAACAGAAAGUGCAUCUAUCACCCAAGGUGAUUUGCCUCUUGUAAGCGAAAUGAGUGCAACCAGACAUCAGUGCAAAUAUCGCCAAAACUCCGUAGUCGAUGAGAAAACAGGUGGUGAGCAGCCUCCGAACUUUGAGUUGCACGUGGACCUCAAAGACCAUGCUCACAACCAGGUCAUCAGUCUAUGGAGAGACCAGAAGCACGCUGAUGUCACAUUCCUAGUCGGGACUGAGAGAAAACGUGUGAAUGCUCACCGUGCCAUCCUUGCUUGUCAGUCCUGCUACUUCCAAAGCCUGCUGUUUGGAGAGAUGUUGGAGGCUGACAGUGAUGAGAUAGCUCUUCUUGAUAUCUCUCAACCACGGCUGUUUGUCUCUCUCGUUGAAUAUGUCUACACUGGGGAGCUGCACAUCUUGAAACAGGACGUCCUUGAUGUCCUUGCAUUAGCUGACAGGUUUGGUUUCACCACUCUCAAAGAUUAUCUGGGGCACAAUUUGGCCUCUAUGGUAACACUGGACAACGUUCUCACGUUCCUUGCUUACGCUGACCUCUAUCAAGUAAAGCAUCUCUUGGAUACGUGUCUGUGUCUUAUUGACAAGAAAGCAGAAGAUAUCCUCAAUUGUGAUGAUUUAUCCACACUCACAUCGUCCAGUUUGCAGCUAAUAAUAUCGAGGGAUACUUUCCUUGUGCCUGAAAUGAGAAUCUAUGAGGCUUUUCUGCGUUGGAGAGAGCACAACUCUCUGAACAAAGAAGAUUGCGAACAUGCUCUGGACUGUGUCAGACUGAGUGAAAUACCAGCAAAAGAGCUUUUCACAACCAUCGAGCCAGCAAAAAUAUUCGAUCAGUCUGAAAUUACAACUGCCUUACGGAUUCAAAUCAAGCCUGAGUUUCAGAACCGGAGGCCUAGAGGGAGGAAAGAGAUUGGAAGAAACCUAUUCGAAUUAGCAAGGUUUGCAAGCUCUGGAAGUGUUGAGUAUUCACGAAAGAUCGGCCCUCCUAGGAUCAUCGAUGGAAUUGUUGAGAUGGAUGCUCCACAGUGUAUGUUAGACCCACAAGAGGAGGGCAGCUCUCCACCAGCCUUGUUUGGCAGUGGUCUGUUUACACCACCUUCACUUUCUCAGCCGUUAGGAUCAGCUCGAUCACGUAAUUUGGGAUCAUUUGUCCAAAGGCGAUCAAACCUCCCCUUUUCUAACACACCUAAAGUCACCUCUCCCCCUUCAAAAAUGGUUGAAUUCAGUGAUGUUCACUUAGUCAAUACUAUCAGAAUAUCGGCGUUUCCUGAGAAACAAUCCAACAGCUUACCAGUGACUCUUGGUCCAGCGGAUAAUCCAUUGAUCCAGUGGCGAUUUAAUUACAAGAUUCGGAUAUCUAAGGACAGGGAGACUUGGGAGACUCUGUUUGAUUUUACCGGCCUGGAUUGCUACUUCAAUCAAACACUUCGCUUCCCUACUCAGGCAAUCAAGUAUAUUGAUUUUAUGCUGGUUUCAUGUGACAAGCGUUUGAGGUUCAAGUUUAUCAGCUGCUCUCUUGAGGACGCUGCCAAGCCGUUCGAUUUCCUUCAAGGAGGGGUUGUUGGUCCUCUAGCUUUGAGGCCACUUCAGUAUUUCCAAGCUUCUGAGCUGCCUCCUGGUCACCCACAAAGCCCCAAUGUGGUCGUUAUGGCAAUGGUUCUAGACACACCUGUAUCAAUUACACAUUUAAGGCUCAUGAUUCAGGGCAUGCCAGGAGAUUUUGUCGGUGGAGAUGUGCAGGUGUCUACCAGCUUGAAGUGGGAGUACUCUAGCUUCGAGACAGCUGGAGUGGUUCUAAGCACCAGCCUGGGGCAUGAAGUAUGUGUGGAUUUUGAACAACAAACUGUCUCGUACAUUCUGGUACAUAUCACCAAUGUCAAGAGAAGACCAUCACAACUAGGGUCUGAUUCUUCCUCGGUGCCAACUAGCCUGUACUCUGUUAGUGCCAUUCAGUGCCAAUUAUUACAAGUAGAUCUAUAACUCGUAGAUUUAUUAAUUAGCAUGAUGUACAUAACGUACGUACUUAAUUUUGAGAGUUUCCUACAUGCACAUGUACAUGCACCUUUAAUUUUUUGAAGAGGAUUUGUUUAAUAGUUA